AGUUUAGGGUUCCUUAAACUUACUCAGUAACGAACGAAGAGAAAAUUUGAAAGGAUGAAUCCAUUGACGCAGGUGAGGAAUUUACAGAAGAUAAACGCUAGGGAAUCAGAUUUAGGAAUCUCUGAAGAAGCUUCAUGGCACGCUAAGUACAAAAACUCUGCUUAUGUCUACGUCGGAUGCAUACCGUUCGAUCUCACCGAAGGUGAUCUCCUCGCUGUCUUCUCACAAUAUGGUGAAAUUGUUGAUGUCAAUCUUAUUCGUGACAAGGGAACUGGGAAAUCUAAAGGUUUUGCAUUUCUUGCUUAUGAAGAUCAGAGAAGUACCGUUCUUGCUGUUGAUAAUCUGAAUGGAGCUCUUGUGUUGGGGCGGACUAUUAAGGUGGACCAUUGUAGGGAAUACAAAAAGCAUGAAGAAGAGGAUGAAGAGACGCGACGGCAGAAUAGAGAGGCUCGUGGUGUUUGCAGAGCGUUUCAGAGAGGAGAAUGUACUCGUGGUGAUUCUUGCAAAUUUUCCCACGAUGAAAAAAGAGCUGCAAAUACUGGUUGGGGUCAUGAAGAGGAUAGAAGUUCCAGGUGGGAUCAUGACAAGUUUAAUGGUGCUAAAAAGGGUGGUACAAGUUUUGGCCAUCGAGGAGAUUUCAAACCUGAUGCGGAAGAGAAAAGUUACAGAGGAAAGGGUGAUGGAGAUGCCUGGUAUGGCCGCCCUAAGGAAAGAGAAAGAGUGGAAAGAGAGGAUAUGGGGCCAAGGUCAAGAGAUGCUUAUGAUAUGAGGGAACAAAAGAGAUCAGGACCGUAUGAUGAUUCGCGAUCUAGAAGUCACAAUGCUGGAAAUGAUUAUAAUUAUAUAAGGGAGGACAAGGGAUCCAGAACACGUGAUUGGGAGAAAUUGAAGGCAGAAUCUAGAAGAGAUCAUAACGACAGGGAGGGAAAAGGUUCAAGUAGGCAAUCAGAAACGUCCACAAGGCAAUAUAGGGAUUCUUCAAGAAGGGAAGAUCGCCGUCGUUAAAAGGGUAGAUAGUGGUAUGCAUACUCGAUGGUUUUCAGUUUUAGCUAGUGUCUGUGGAAAUGAGCUUUGUUGUCUUUUCAAGAUAGUUACCUUGGGGUUAUUAUAAACUGCUUCAUUCUGUAACUGCGAUUCUAUGUUUUUCGUGAUACCGGAGACAUGUUGAUUUUACUGUGUGGAAUGAAAGAAGUGGUUAUAU